AUGGGUCCCCAACGCCGAUUUUCUGACUUCAUGACUGCCAUUGACAAGAUCAUGGAUGACCGAGCGCUGAGCAUUUGCACCACAUUCUGGGUCUGCACCUUUGCGAACAAUCAGUUUGGCGAGAACUUCGGUGCCUGCAUUGUGGACACCCCCUUUGUCAAAGCCGUCGAGUUUGCCGAAGCUACCAUCCUCAUGGUGGACCGUGAUGCCGGAUCGCUGCGGAGAAGCUGGUGCUGCUUGGAGCUCCACUAUACCAUCCUGCUCCUUGAGGACAAUCAUAGGCUGGAGAAGUGCUUAGAGCUCUACACAUCAGCAGGCAUGGUUGGCUCCAAUGCGGUGUCAUCGGGGCCGUUGGUGGAUGCUAUCUCUCAGUGGGACGUGCGAGACAGUGCAGCUUCUGAGGCAGCCUACAGGAUUCUCAACUUUAUCGCCGGCGUGCCAGAAAAAAGUGGCCUGCUGACAGUGGACAGGAGCCCUCAUGGCGAUCUUGUGCUGGUGGACGGGCGACCCCAGCUGGAUGGUAGUCCAGAGGACCACCAGCUACGAGAUGAGCAUGCUCUCUUCAUCAAGCACCGCAAAGCCUUCGAAGCCCUGAACAUGGACGUCCGCGUCUCUGUGAUCGGCAGCAUUGGGGCAUCACGGAAGAACAAGGGCUGCGAGCUCUCUGAGCUCAGGCAGAGAGGCAUCACACUUGGACAGCUUCGGACCUUCGCCCGCAAAGUUCGCACGGCCUUUGGCAAGUGCUUGCCAGGCUUGCCGUGGGAAUCGGUCACUGCAGAACAAGAGACCUUGGCGCGGAAAUGCUCAUAUGUGGAGCUGGUCGCUGAGUCUCCACAGCUUCCGGACACGUUCGUUGACUUCCACAUGUGUAUGUACUUCUCCGACAUCAUGGCCGCCAUCGAGUGGUAUGCCGAAGCAAAGGAGCUCAAGGACUCUGCUGUGUUUUUUUGCAGCUUGUUGGCCAAAAACCAGCAUCAGGCAAAAGAGGACAUGAGGAGCAACUCUUUUGAAGGCGAUCAGCUAGUUGUGGACAGAUCUCAGCGCGAGUGCCGAUCUUUGCUGGUCACCACUGCUGCUACCAUGCAUUGCAGGGACAGCUGUGAUGUCGGUAAAGGUGUGCAGCCUUGGAGUAUGUCUCGCGCAUGGCGCCUCUAUCACAUUGAAUGUGGUGCCCGCCUCGGGCAGUUCAUUUACUUUGCCUGCCCGACAGGCGUCAUGGCCUGCACGAAGUUGUUCCCAAAUGGCCACUCAAAGUUUGGAUACAUACCUCGCCAGAUAACGGAAGCUCUCUUUAAUGUAGACAUUGAAGCUGCAUCAUGUUGGGUUCCGGAAGACACAGAGCACGUCCUGGCCUUCAUCCGGCAAGGCUACAAUGGCUUCGGGGUGGAACGUCUGAAGCGGCGAUUGCAGCGCUGGGCAGCAUAUCACCUGGCUUCUGUCCUGGCAGCAUCCGGCGACGAACAGUUAGCAAAGCUUGAAGAGGUAUGUUCAAUACCCGGCUUCAGCAUCAACGCAGAGCUCGCCAAGGGCACAUUGGGAGAGUCUACUCUACAUGAAGCAGUUGCUGCAAAGUCCUGUGCCACCAUUCAGCGUCUACUGUCACGCGGUUUUCCUCCAGAUCCACAUGAUUCCAUGCACGAGACUCCACUGCACUAUGCAGCAAUGGCGGGUGAUCUGCACUUGGUCAAGAUGCUUCUGGAUGCCAAAGCAGAUCCCGUGAUGGAGUCAGUUUUUGGGGAGACACCACUGGAUGUGGCUAGGGAGAGAGCAGCCGCCUUCCUGGGCUGCGACACUGGUGCAAUCCUGGAAUUCAUGGAGCAGAUAUGCA